GGGCCCCAGCCUGAGGGAAGGGAGGAAGGGGCGGGGAGAACGCCGGAGGGAGGCCGGUCGGCCGCAGGCGGGCGGGCAGCGCAGCGCCGAGCGGGGCCCGCGGGCCCAUGAGGAGGCCCGGGGACCAUGGGCUCCAGGAUCAAGCAAAACCCAGAGACCAUGUUUGAAGUGUAUGUUGAAGUGGCCUAUCCUAGGACAGGUGGCACUGUUUCAGAUCCUGAGGUGCAGAGGCAAUUCCCGGAGGACUACAGUGACCAGGAAGUUCUACAGACUUUGACCAAGUUUUGUUUCCCCUUCUAUGUGGACAGCCUCACAGUUAGCCAAGUUGGCCAGAACUUCACGUUUGUGCUCACUGACAUUGACAGCAAACAGAGAUUCGGGUUCUGCCGCUUAUCUUCAGGAGCCAAGAGUUGCUUCUGUAUCUUAAGCUAUCUCCCCUGGUUCGAAGUAUUUUAUAAGCUGCUUAACAUCUUGGCAGAUUACACGACAAAAGGACAGGAGAGUCAGUGGAAUGAGCUUCUUGAAACUCUGCACAAACUUCCUAUCCCUGACCCAGGAGUGUCUGUUCAUCUCAGCGUGCAUUCUUAUUUUACUGUGCCUGACACCAGAGAACUUCCCAGCAUCCCUGAGAAUAGAAAUCUGACAGAGUAUUUUGUGGCUGUGGAUGUAAACAACAUGCUGCACCUGUACGCAAGCAUGCUCUGCGAGCGCCGGAUCCUCAUCAUCUGCAGCAAACUCAGCACUUUGACUGCCUGCAUCCACGGGUCUGCUGCGAUGCUGUACCCCAUGUUCUGGCAGCACGUGUACAUCCCCGUCCUGCCUCCACAUCUGCUGGACUACUGCUGUGCUCCCAUGCCCUACCUCAUAGGAAUCCAUUUAAGUUUAAUGGAGAAAGUCAGAAACAUGGCCCUGGAUGAUGUCGUGAUUCUGAAUGUGGACACCAACACCCUGGAAACCCCCUUUGAUGACCUCCAGAGCCUCCCAAAUGAUGUGAUCUCUUCACUGAAGAACCGGCUGAAGAAGGUCUCCACAACAACUGGCGAUGGUGUGGCCAGAGCCUUCCUCAAGGCCCAGGCCGCUUUCUUCGGCAGCUACCGAAACGCUCUGAAAAUAGAGCCGGAGGAGCCAAUCACCUUUUGCGAGGAAGCCUUCGUGUCCCACUAUCGCUCCGGAGCCAUGAGGCAGUUCCUGCAGAACGCCACACAGCUGCAGCUCUUCAAACAGUUUAUCGAUGGUAGAUUAGACCUUCUCAAUUCCGGUGAGGGCUUCAGUGACGUUUUUGAAGAGGAGAUCAACAUGGGCGAGGAUGCUGGGAGCGAUAAACUGUACCACCAGUGGCUCUCCACAGUCCGGAAAGGAAGUGGAGCAAUUCUGAAUACUGUAAAAACGAAAGCAAACCCGGCCAUGAAGACUGUCUAUAAGUUCGCAAAAGAUCAUGCAAAAAUGGGAAUAAAAGAGGUGAAAAACCGCUUGAAGCAAAAGGACAUCACCGAGAAUGGCUGUGUCCCCACCACAGAAGAGCAGCUGCCAAAGACUGCGCCGUCCCCACUGGUGGAGGCCAAGGACCCCAAGUUCCGAGAAGACCGGAGGCCAAUCACGGUCCACUUUGGACAGCCACAGAGACUCCAUCCCACUCGCCCGCCGCCUCCCAAGAUACAGCGCUCGAGGCCCGAGCCCAGCGGGGCCAGCGCUUUGUGGAGACCAUGUGGCAGCCCCGGCCUUUGAAAGGCCUCCCUGGAGCCCCGAGCGGGUGUUUCACAAAGAGCUGCAGCUGGCAAGACCAACUUCUUGAAACACAGGAAGCAUCCAGCGGAAAAUAUUUUAAUAAAGCCGACUCCUCGUAAAAUAUUGUUUUGGGGAGGAAGGAACCAGCCCCACCGAUCUGUCAGCAUUGUGUCGGGAGACACAAGAAGACAAGCUGGCGAGCAGGACCCACAUCCUAAUGGGCCUUUGUUGCUGGUGGUUCAGUGUUGGGCACACGGACUCGGUGCCUGGCCCUUUAAUCUGGCCUGGAUUUUCUUGAAUCACAGAUCUCUGUCUCCACUGGGAAUAUCAAAGUGCAUCGGAAACUUAGAGGAUUUGGGCGGCAGAAAGAGACACAGGAUCUUUGAAGUUGAGGGAAGGAUUCAGUCCUCCCGACUUCUUGCCCCAACUCUCACUUCCAAAGAAGCACAUUAAGUAAUUAACUUUGUGGACAGCAAAAUGGAGCUGAUUAAGAAUCAGACAGUCUCCACGGCCUCCUGCAGCAGCUCAGCGUCUGGAGUUCGUCGAGGCCCAGUAGCGUCGCCAGCAGCUCUAAGGCCACUCCAUCCGCUUAGGUCCGUUUUUUGCUUUCUAGCUCACGUCCAUUCUUGCAUCCAUUCAUUCAGCAGAUAUCUUCAAAAACCUACUAGGUGUGAGCUUCUUAGGACUUUUAAAGGAGGCCCCAAAGGGAAUCCCAGUGCCGACUUCUUUUGACUUGCAUUUUCCCAAAAAGAAAUUUUUCCCAUAUCAAAUUUUCUUCCCCAGUGGAAGGUAGGUGUCCUAGCCCCUGAAAACCAUGUGAUAGCAAUUGGAAGAACAAUUUACAAAGACUUCUGGGGAAAACAUUCCCUCUGUUUUUCUGUUAACAUUAGCUAAUUAAUAUUCAGUGACUACUCCUCAAGAAGUAUUAGCUACUUACAUUAUUAUUCAGAACAGGGCUGAUGGUAUGCCCCGAGGAUCCCCUAGGGUAAGAGUUGGGGUUAGGAGGAAUCAGACAGCUUGGGCUGUGGGUCAGAAGCCAGUUGGCAGUGAGUACAGUGGAGCACCUCAUGUGUUCUAGGUCCUCUUAGGCGUCCCUUCCACAGAACAGGAACGCUGGCUCUGAAAAUGUAUUGACCAGUGUUCCAGGGUCAUCCAGUUAGAAAGCGACAUGGCCAGGACUCCAAAUGCUGCUCAGUUUCAUUCUCUCCAUUGCACUCUGCUGUCCAUGGGGGUCCGUUGUUCUCCUGGCUUUGCCCAGAGAGACAGCUUUGUGUCCUGAGAUGACUUGCCCCGCACACCACCUUCCUCUCUGGGGAAGGUUCCCUGGGGUUGGGAACCAGAGCUGUUCAGUCCUCUUCCUGCCAAGGAGUCAGUGUUCCCUGGUGCCUGAGUGUUCCUAUCUGGGGAAGGAAAGAGAAGUAACAUUUACUGAACAUCGCUUAAGAUCGUGAAGGGUAGGUGGUAGCUUUACCAUUUAACAGAUGGGGAAACUGAGGCUCAGAGAGAGACUUUCCAUAACUUGCCCAAGGUCUCAGGACUGGAAAGUGGAGAGGGCCUGGCCCUUUCUUCUUCAGCAUCCAGGCUUUUUGUUAAGAGCAUAAUUAUGACUGUGAGCUACUCUGAGUGGUGAGGACGAUGGUGGCUGCAGCGGGCACGGUGAGGUCCCAGCUCCCCACCUGUUAAAGGUGGGCUUUGGUUAUUUCAGCGGGAGCGUGCAUGGCUGCCAGGCCCCAGCUUAUCUUCCCUUUGGCUUGUUAGAUAUAGGGCAAUUUCCCAUCGAAUGUGAGACUUUGAAAGAGCUGACAGCAAGCCCUAAAAGGCAGUGCUGUGCUAAGUACUGCCUGCCCCUCAGGACCACACACAGCGAGCAGACAGAGGCCAAAGGCGGGGGUGGGGGGGGGUGACCUACUGGUCCCCAGGUGCCUCUCUCUUUCACUCUUUUUCACUCUUUCACUGCCGUGAGAGUUGGGAGGGAGAUAGUCACAAGCAGCCUCCACCUUCUUUAAUCUUCGCAGUAACCCAGAAGGGUAGGGCUGUCUUCCAAGUCCUAAUGGUGACGGGGCUUGUGCUCAGUGUGGACCUGAGGCGUGCCCAGUCCCAGCCAGCUGCAGAGCCCGAGCUCUUUCAACGCGCACCUUGUCCGCUAAAAGUGGCACACAGAACACCCUCCAGUCGCCCAUGUCUUGACUGCCUGCAGGCUGGUUAUUUGGAGUUCCAUUGUACUAAGUGAGAAUGGUCCAGAUUCAGCCACCAGGGGCCCAUAAGCCACUGCCCUGUCACCUCCCUGGCCAGAUCCAUGCAAAAACCUGCUGUUUUCCAGUAAUUUUGUUUGUUUGUAAAAAUAACCCAAUAGCCUUAUAGGCAGGCUGGAAGUUAGGGAGAAGAGACAAGUUCAUUCUGAAUCCCACUACUUCAGCUCAACUAUGUACUAGCAUUUCUGCAGAUUCCUGUCCAGUCUUUUUUCUAGAUAUAUUUUGCAGAGCUACCAGCUUCCUUGCAAUAUCCCAUAGUACAGACUUGCCUCAUGUCCUUGUAAGCCCCAUUGGUGGUGACCACGGAAGAUCUCACUGUGUGUAUGUGUGUGGUCUGCCUGACCACGCUCCUCUUAUGGGAUUUGUAGAUUGUUCCAGGUUUUCACAAAUGUGAAAAAUGCCAAAGUGAACGUCCUUGUUCUCCAAGUUUUUUCUAGUUUUAUAUCAUUAUAAGAAAAACUACCAUUAACUGAGCACUUUACGUAUGUUGUUUCAUUAAAUCCUCAAGAACUCUGGGGGCAGGGGAAGGUGUCAUUAGCUCUAUUUUACAGAAGUAGCUGCCACUCUGAGAGGUGGUCACUGCCCUUGGUCACACAACUAGUUAGUGGCAGAGCUGAGCUUCGGACGUCUCUAACGCCAAAGCCCAACCCUUAACCAGUCUUAUAGGCAGAUUUCUGCUCCGUGUUACUAAAUAACUUUCUGAAAGAAUUGUACCACUUCACACUCCCAUCAGAACCGUGGACUCCCUGGGAAUCUGGGUCUGGGAGACCCAGAGGAACGUGUGGCUGGCGUUAGAAAUCCUUCUGGCCAAGGAGAACUUCUGCAGGUUGCGCUGCCUGGGCAGGCUGUGUGUGCACCAAACGGCCAGCCCAGACUUCUCAGGAAUUGGAGAAUCUGCUCGUCUGAAUUGCACUGCGUGACCCCAGCACCCAAAGCCCCAGAAGAUUAAAAUAAGAUCAGAAGAAGCUGCCAGAAGCGUUUAGUGGGAGCUCUGCCCAGAGACCAGGUCUCAGAACACUUUGCAAUUGUAUCUCUUCAUGCUGAUUGCACACAUGCACUGGCAGGAGAUGACAUGCUGUUCCACCCCCACUUCCCCCAGCCCCGGCCUCCUCGAGACCUGAGCUCAGCACAGCCCCCUGGCUGAGGGUCACAGGCAGACCCCUCUCCCUCCUGCACAGACCCAGAGCUGCCCGAGGGUAGGGGCCUGGUGCACAGGCCUGGCUGGGCGUCUGCAGACCCGGGCAGCAUACUGGCCCACCAACUGCCAGUCUGAGACCGUGGGCAAGUCUCUUUGCCUUCCUUUUUUUUUUUUAACGCCAUGCCCGUUAACAUCUCAACACAAUUUGGGAAGCUGCCCACAGGAGCCACACUAGCAUCCUCAGCAGCAGUGACUGCUGCUGCCUCACCAAUCUCACACUCCCCCCAACACCUCCCCCACGAGCUGCACGCUCCCUCCUCCCAAGGUCACCGUGCCUGUGACUUCUGGUGUAGCCGUGACCUGCCACGUUGUACGUCACCCACACACACCCGUACACGCUUGCACACCCCGGUAGCCUAUGAGCAGGGCAGGGUUGUGUGACCUUCAGCUUUGACUCUUCAACUCCCCGACCAGAGCCUGGCCCAGCUCUGCUCAGGGAUAUUUACAGAAUGAGUGAACAAAGGAAUCACUGAGGGCAGCUUACAGCCCAGAGUCCUGGAGAUGGGGGAGGGUAUCAGUUAACAACCGCAAGUAUGUAAAGAGCACCUACUAUGAGCCAAGUGUGAUCAGGAUGUGAAUCUGAAGCUACCAGCACCUGCCCAGCCUGGCGCUCUAAGAGCCAGAAACUGAUCAGCCCCGGGAGCAAACCUCCAAGAUGCCAGCUGGGCCCUGAGCCCCAGGGGGAGGGGCAGCUGUCUGGGCACUACCCCCCGGCAAGCCACCAGGACUCCAAGCAGAAGGGCGCAGACCCAGUUAGCAAGGUGAGAGGCUCCUGACCUGACUCGGGCCCCCUCCCGUCUCCAACGGUGGGUUUUGGGCCCCGGAGACAAAGCCAAGCCAGAGGCCAGGCAUGGAGCCUGAGCUCAGACUGGAAAAGCAGGAGCUGCCACAGAGCCUCCGGGGAUAUGCAGCGGCCCAGGAAAACACAGGACCCCCUCGUCUCCACCACUUCUGCCUGCUGCUUGGAAGGAGGGACUCUCCCAGGAGCUGUCACAGUAGGGCGAGUUAGUUCCAGCUGAAAAGCCAAGCCUUUAGGAAGCCCUCAGAAGAGGUGCCCCAUCCUCAAGGUGUCACUGAGCUCAGUCUCCUCCGAAAGGCUUCGCCACCCCAACAAGCACCCUCCCCAUUCCAGAUUUCACGUCACUAUUUCCCAAGUGCCUGUUUCAGGCCCGGUACUUCGAUAUAUGUCAUCUUGGUGAACCUCCCCUGCUCCCCAAAAGUCUUCAUAGUGAAGGCACUGUUAGCCCUUCAGCCACGGGGGAACCAAGGCUCUGACAGGUGCCGUGACCUGCCCUGGGUCCAGCACAUAUACCAGGGUCUGCUGGGUCCCACGUCCAUGUCCACUGCUUUCUCACCAGCCACCCCCCACCAGCUGCUGCCACGGUCCCUAGAAAAGACUCGGGCUCUCAGCAGGCAGAGACUGUCCUCAGGGCGAGGGGCAGUUGUUCCUCACAAUCUACACAAUUGCUCUUCCAGGUAGGGAAAGUGCCCUCAACAUGUCCCCUUCCCCGUCUUCCCUCCAGCAAAGAGCAUGAAGGGUGGGAAAGUGAAGCCAGACCUCUGCGCCUAUGUGAGUGUCCACCCAGCUCCUGGGAAAGGCUUCUCAGCCUGCUAGGCGUGGGUGUGGACAGGGGAAGUCGACACUAGUGAUCUCUGUGGAAGGAAGGAAGGAAGAUAGACAGACAGACAGGCAGAGACGGGUUGAUAAAUAAGUGGAUGGAUGAACGAAGGUUGCAAAGGCAAAGGGCACCACCAAUCCAAGAGACGGAGAUCAGGGCAGCUGAGCCCCCCAUCACCCCCUGACCUCGCACAUGGCCUUCAGCCCUCACGCUGGGGGGAGGCCCUCCUCCAGCUGGUCCCUGCCAACCCUGCCUGCCUCUUCUCUUGAAACCCCACCCCAGCCUCAAACCCCUGUGCCCCCUCCUCCACAGAGACACCUCCAGGCCAUUGUGCGGCCUCUACUGGACUCAGAUUAAAAGCCUCAUGUCACCUCCCAAAUGGAGGCUUGUCCAGCAGCCCCUGAGCCUGGCACGCCCACCACUGCACUCUGGCAGAGCAAGUCCCUAAAGGGUGGGCAGGACCUGGCCUCACACUCACCCGUCCCCUCUGGACCAUUCCGUGUGACAGGAAGACGCCUUCUCAUUGGUGAUCACGACUCAUUACAGCAGUGAGUCUCUCAUUACUGUUCUUAAGUAGAUAUUCACAUACUGCUGAGUACAAAGAUCCCAUGUCCAACAGGUUCCCAUAUCUGUCAUCAGUCCUUCCUCCCUGGGAACAGUCCCAGCCUGGCCCCAGGCCACACAGGGAAUAGCUCCAAUGCAAGUUCUGGAGCAUCCCCCGUGGGUCCUGCACCAAGCUUGUUUCCCCCAGAGACCCCUCUGACUUGCUUCAGAGGCUUUUUCUCUGUUUUUAACCCAUGCAUGUGCUAAGGUGUGCUCUAGAGUGUCGGCCCUGUGUAAUGGUGCUGGAGGUGAGGCGUGGCGGCAUCUCCAGGCGGCGGGUGCUCUCAGAUCAUUCUGAUGUGCUGUGACAUGCCCAGCUGGGGACCGGUGACUUUGACCGGGAAGGUCUUUGAAAGCAGGGACCACCCUAUUUGUCCUUUAACACCUAGGGGAGACUCUGCUCAGGGUGAAGAGGCCCAGAAUUUAUUUGUUGGCAGGUGAGUGUGACAUCUGGGUAGUAACUGAACAUGCACUGGGCACUGAGCGAAGCCCUUUACGAAUAUUUUCAUUCAACUUUUGUGGUAAGACUAACAGGAGGGCUACAGAAUCCCCAUUUUGCAGCUAAGAAACUGAGGUUCAGGGAGGUACAAUGACUUUCCUGAGGUCAUCUGGCUGGCACGUGGGGAUUGGUGGAAGGCUGGACAGACGGGCCUCGUCCAGGGGCCUGUCGCUGCCUGUCAGCCCCACAGGAGCCUUGUAAUCAGGGAUGCCAGAGCGGCCAAGACAUUUAAAAGUAAAGAUCCUUUGUGUAGGAGUGAAAUGAUCCUUUAAAAAAUGAUCACCAGCUCCCCUCGUUACCUCUGGAGACCAAGUCCUUGCUGACUUUUUCCCCUUCUUUAUCUCAAGUACAUUUAAAUGUCAAUUAAAUUUGAAAUAUCUACAUUUGUCAGCAUUUCAUUUUGGGCCAGCGUGACGUGCUGCUGAUUUGUCCACGCGAUGUGACACAUGAAAAAAACGCUCGAGAUGCAGAUCUUCCUCAUUAAAAAAUAAGCCUGUACGAUCCCGGCACGGCAGAGAGCCACAGAGCACGUUCCCGCUUCCUGACGCCGUGUCUCUGACAUGGUAUUUAAAAAGGAACAGCCGCGCCUGUCACCACUGUCACACGCGCGCGCUAGCCAGCGACACGUUAAACCAAACAUUAGAAAGGGUUCGGGGAGUCAUCUGCAUGGGAACUCCGUGCCGAGAUGAGGUGGGCAGAGGCGGGAGCAGCCGUGGGAGGUGAUGGGGUCUGAACGUGAUGGACAGCGGGCCUUUCUUUCUCGCCGAGACUCCGGCAGUCCUUGCUGGGUAGCCAAGUUCGCCACGACCUGCCUUUUCACAGACAGCUCUUUGUGUAUAAUAAAAUCCAGGCAAGUGGUGGGGGGCAGACUGCAGGGUAGUAGCUGAAUUGGGUUAAUGAGGGAAGAGGUACGCGCUUUUUUUUUUCAUAUUCUGCCUUAAGCUAAUAAAAAAUUUAAACCUGGACAUAUUCGACGGUUCGUCCUUUAUCUCUGACAAAUAUCUGACUGUAUGUUUCAUGGGAGAACAUGAGCAGCUGAAUUUAAAUAAGUUUAUUUUGAAAUCUCACCUUUUAUCAAAAGCAGAAGGGGAAACACCCUACCCCUUAUUUCACCGUUUCAGGUCCACAGAACUGAAGAGGCAGGAUCACAGAGUGGUUCAGAGUUAGGCAUAUCUGGAUUCCAUGCUCUACCCUUAACUUCUGUGUGACACUGGGCAAGUGACCACCCCUCUCUGAGCCUUGGCUGCUUUAUCUGCCACAUGAGGAUGAGAUGAGUAAUUAAUCAGAAACUGUACGGACAGCAUUUAGCCCAACACUUGUAAAUACUGCUAGUGUCAUCAUCCUUAUCCAUGUGGCCCAAAGCCUGGACCUGAAGAAACUCUGAUCAGACCACAUGGCAGAGUUCUCAUCUGGGUGUUCCAUCACUCUUGAGAGACAGAUGGUGUGUCCAGGAGACACCCUGGACCUCUCGUUGAAGUCAAGACUGCCCGACCGGCCUGGCCAGAAGAGCUGGCUGGAGAGGAAAAUGGUGAGCUAUAAAGUGAGGCUCCCUGUCUCCCCCCACCUCACCCCCACGUACCCUCCGUGAUCUCGCAUGUGGGAGGCACUGGAUUUUGACAGUGAUGGGAGGUGCAGCAGCCUGAGCUGAUGAAGCCAAGGUCCAGUCCAGCACAAAGGCUCUAUGCUCCUGUGUGAAUCCAGACAUUCCUGGCAUUCAGCUAACGUGCCAAGCUGUGCUCUCUGCUUACUUGUCAAAGCCACAGGAGGGGGCUGUGCUUGGAUGGGUGUUGGAAAGGCAUUCAAGAUGGAUUUGAGGGCCACCCAGAGCCUCAUUCAGUUUGACCCAAGCAGAGGUGUGGGUCCCCCUCAUACACAUCUACCACCAGCCCAGGGGACAGGAAAGAGAGGGCCCUGGACUGGAAUCCCUGCUCAUCACUUCCUGGCUGGGUGGCUUGCUCACGCCUCUCCUCUUCACCAUGAAGUGCUCAGCUGGGACUGGGUCUGCUCACUACAAGCACUCGGGAGGUGCCUCUUGGUUGGGUGCGUGGAUGAACGGACGGACAGAUGGAUGGAUGGACUAAUGAGAGUCUCAUCCUCUGUAAAAUCUGUACAGCGACGCCUUCCUGCUUCCUGCUGGGGGGAGUGGUAGAAAUAACCUAUGUAAAGCCCGUGGCACAGUGCCUACUUGUGGAUAUUAUUUUAAGCAUUUUUCUGAGACUCCCACCUGCCCCAAUAUACCUAACAUGCUCACCCCCAAACGUGGUCCCAUUCUACAGGUCUAUAUUCUUUUUCAUAUUCUUUUCCAUUAUGGUUUAUUACAAGAUAUUAAAUAUAGUUCCCUGUGCUAUACAGUAGGACCUUGUUGUUUAUCUAUUUUAUAUAUAGUAGUUUGUAUCUGCUGAUCCCAAACUCCUGAUUUAUCCCCUCCCAUUCCCCUUUGGUAGCCAUAAGUUUUUCUAUGUCUGUGAGUCUGUUUCUGUUUUGUAAAUAAGUUCAUUUGUAUCAUAUUUUAGGUUCCACAUAUAAGUGAUAUCAUGUGAUAUUUGUCUUUCUCUGUCUGAUUUACUUCACUUAGUACGAUAAUCUCUAGGUCCAUCCAUGCUGCUGCAAAUGGCAUUAUUUCAUUCCUCCUUAUGGCUGAGUAAUAUUCCAUUGUAUAUAUGUAUCACAUCUUCUUUAUCCAUUCAUUUAUCGUUGGACAUUUAGGUUGCUUCCAUGUCUUGGGCUAUUGUGAAUAGUGCUGCUAUGAUCACUGGGGUGCAUGUGUCCUUUCACAUUAGCGUUUUCUCUGGAUAUAUGCCCAGGAGUGGGAUUGCAGGAUCACACGACAACUCUAGUUUUUUAAGGAACCUCCAUAACAUUCUCCAUAAUGGCUGCACCAAUUUACAUUCCCACCAACAGUGUAGGAGUGUUCCCUUUGCUCCACACCAGAGAGGGGACCCUCUUAUACCGCAGCCAUGAGCUGAGAAAAGGGGCAUGUGCCUGGCGGGGAUCCAGAAGAGGGGUGAAGCAGGUGUGUGCAGGCCCUUGUCUCUCCAGUACGCUGGCUUCCGCUCAUUCCCUCAGCAAACUUUCCUCUGCACUAACGCUGUGCCGUGGGUGGGGAGAGAAAGAAGAACGUGCCAGGGCCCCUGCCCUUGAGGACCUCCACUCAGAAAUAGAAAUGCAAGAGGUUCAACUGUAUUAACGAAGCGCUAAACCACACAGCCCAAGGAGAAGCCAGCUCUAUCUAGGGAGAAAACUCUGCUGGGAGCUCCAGGAAAGCUUUGUAGGAGUGCGGUUUGAGCUGAGUCUUGCAGGCCAAGGGCAAUCAGUGCACCAGGCAAAGGUAAGGGCAGGUGGCAGGAGGUGGCAGGGAAGGAGCGCAGAGGUGGGCGGGGCCAGGCGCAAAGCACGGUGUCUGCCCUGCUUGGAGCUUGGACUUGGCGGCCCUCACCCCGCCCACCCAGUGUGUUCCACAAGCUCCCCAGAAUGCAGCCUGAGGCAGGGUGCCUGCCCCCCUGCUCGGGAGAACAGUCCAGUGCUAGCGAGUGAGAGCGGGUCCCCCGAACUUUUAAACAGACAAGUAAGUCAUUCCAGACGCACCUAAACAUUAGUAUUGCUGACAUUUUACCCACCGCAUGAAAUCGCAGUUCAGAGCAGCAGGUUUGCAGGUGUGAAGCGGGAGAGUGAUGAGGUCAGGGCUGUGAUUCAGAACAGGAUUCCAGUGGCCAUGUGGAAAGUGGCCCUUCUGCUGGGCCUUGUUUUGUGUCCCGGUGGACGAGGCAGGAGCUGGGCAGCCUAGCCCCUGUGCUGGCCAGGGCACAUUUCUGCAGGUCAGGUCUUCCCCCCUCUCUGCUGAGUUCAGAGGAGAAUGAGCCUCCUGGGCCAUGCGGCCACCAGUCCAGGACAGGCUGAGAUGUGUCUUGUCCCUGACACCCAGCAAGGCAGCCUGGGAGAGGAGGGGAGCACUGUGACCUCCCUGUGCAACCCUGGGCAAGUGGCUUCCCCUCUCUGAGCCUCAACUUCCCCUUCAGUAAGAGGACAAAAGUCUUUGCCUGGCUAUCUUCCAGGGACGGUGCGAGAAAAUGAAGGGUUCAGGUGUGACAGUGCUGGGGAACUCACAGCCCUGGGCGCCAGCUUUGGUUCCACUUUUAAAAGGGCAGCAUAUAUUUGGGUAACAACUGGCUUAUGACUGGUGAUGGUGGAUCAUAGCAGCAGCCAGUCACAAUCCGCUCUCCCAGUCCCCCCAGGGAUAGCUGCUGUCCCUCACUUACCCUCCAGCCCUGGUUCCCAUGCACUUUUUUGGACAUGUUUCCUCUUCCUGAAAUGAAAUCGGAAAGGAAUUGCAUCAUAUAAGGCAAAGAAAGGAGACUGCUCUGGCUGGGGGUGGAGGGGAGAGGAGAUAGCCCCCCAUCAGGUACCCCUGUGUCUCCUACCCCACCCACCUCCCCAAAGUUCACCAUUGCCCCUGGGAUCCUCGGUGAGCGUCCAGCCCGCUGUGCAGGGCAGAGGCGUGGGCUGCCCGCUCCCCAGCCGCGUGCCGGAGCAGCAGCCGUGGGGCCGGGAUUUGAACCAAGGGCUGCGGGGUCCAGCUGCCCUCUCCUGAGCACACGCCUCUCGCGGGCCCUGGUCAGUGUAUAAUUCAUAAAAGCCAGCGUGGAGUUUCUCUGGGCUGUGUAUGUGUUUGUGUUUAUAGAGGUAGAGCUCACAGGUGGCUGACAAGGGAGAUGUAUUUUUUAUAACAAUGAAUAUUUAAUUUCCACAUCACAGAUGAAAAAGACUCUCUGAAGAGGCAUCUGAGGGAGACUCCAGAGAGCGGCCGCUAAUCAGAAAAGGGCCUUCUCGCGAGUGCUCUUCUACAUGGCUCACUUUCUUCUUUAGCUUUUUUAUUUUUUAUUUUUUCCUGAUUAUUGAAGUAGAUAUGCACAUUGGAGAAAACGUAGAAGACACAAAAAUAAAAUUUGGCAGAGGGGAAAAAAUCAUCCAUAAUCCACUAGCUUUUUAAAAUUAUUUAUUUAUUUAUUUUGGGGGGCUGAUUUCGGUCUUCGUUGCUGCGCGUGGACUUUCCCUAGUUGCGGCGAGUAGGGGCUACUCUUCAUUGUGGUGCAUGGGCUUCUCACUGUAGUGGCUUCUCCAAUGCAGGGGACAUGGGUCCCCUAGCUUUUGUUGACAUUUAGACACAUACCUUUCCAGUCUUUUUUCUGUGCAUUUUUCCAUAAGCAGAUGAGAGAGAAUGCAGUUUAACUGCAAUUCUGCAUCCUGAUUUUUAGAUUUUUCUUUAUAAACAUUAUAGUUAAUGGGAGGAUACUCUUCAGCCAACCAUACCAUAAUUCAGCUCACCAGAUUCCUACUGCGGAAAUUUAGGUUGUGUCAUGUUUUAUAAACAUAGCAGUAAUGAACAUUUUUGUGCAUAAUUUGUUGCUACAUCGGGGUUAUCUAAAUGGAAGUGGAAUCACGAGGUCAUAGAUGCAUUUAAGGCUCUUGACACAGGUGGCAAACCCACAGUUUCUUUUCUGUUUGGGACCAGCUUCCUCACUGUGGGGCCCGUCGGGCCUUCUCCAGGCAGCCUCAUCCCCGCCGGCAGAGGGAGGCCAGGGUCAGGUGCUGAGCCUCAGGCCUCCUUCCCAUCCCGCCACGUGGAGUCCUGAGGUGCCUCCUAACUGUUUUCUCUCUUGUCUUCCU